AUGCCAAAAUUCUACAUUAUUCUGCUAAUCCUCGUAUUCAAUCAAAUUCGACACACAUCACAAUUCACGUUUCGAAAGACGUCCAUACCUCAAUGCGCAACUUCACAAUACUACGAUCCCAAUGUGCGUCCCAAAAUUGCAGUGAUAUCACACGAAUCAGCCAUCAGUACAUUUGCGCAGAACCCAGAGCAAGGAGCAAGAGAUGCUGCUGCUAUCUUGGACGUUCAGAUUGAUUGGAAUCGACAUUUUAUCAAUUCAGCUUCUAAAAUGAUUGCUGAUAUCCACGAUGCUGUAGACAAUAAAGUAGAAGGCAUCAUUGUUACCAUACCAAACGAAGACGUGCUAGAGGCAGUGCAGUAUGCCAUAUCGCAUCGUAUACCUGUUAUUGUAUACAAUACUGGCCUUGAUUACGCCAAGAAACUAGGGCUUACUCGAGUGAUGAUUGACAAUUUUGAAACGGGAAAAUACGUUGCCAAAGAGCUAAUGAAUAGAGGGUACAAUAGACCGCUUGUCCUACAAUUCACAAACAUUGAGGGUACAAGCUUCUCUUCUCGUUAUCGAGGUGCAUCAGAAAUACUCGGCUUUGAACCUGAAAUGAUGGCUAUUUCUGAUUCCAAUGAUACUCAGAAGGCCAUUGCCCAGCUCACCAACUAUUUUGAACAACACGCAUCGUUUGACUCUAUUAUAUCGCUAGGUGGCUAUCUUGGAACAGAUAUUGUCAGUAGCGCAGCGCUGAAUGUAUUGAGUAGAAACAGCACUAGAAAAUUGGGUGUCGCCUUCUUUGACACUGGCGGGCGUAACUUAACAAGGCUUAUGAAUCAGCAUCCGGAUGUAUUUGGCAUAUCACAGCUGCCCUACUAUCAAGCCGCUAUACCUGUGUUUUUAAUGUACCUCAGAAUUACAACAGGGCACAAUGUGUACAACAAUCAAACCAUCAAUACCGGACCCUUAUUAGUUACCAAUGAGACCCUUUCUUUUGUGCGCGAAAACGAGCAAUCCACGUUGAUCCCUUUGUCUGCCAAAGAAGCUCGUAUAGGCGCUAUUUUACCCAAUGCUCAAGGCGACACAUACAACGGUGCUAUUAUGACUGGAAUCAAGGAUUUAGCUACAAAAUUAAACUGGGAAGUCCUAAAUAUUGUUGAGCAAGGUCCAUUAGGUUUUAGAGGACAAAUUCAGCAGGAAAUUGACUACUAUGUAAAUGAAAAUGUAGCGGGAAUCAUGAUGCAGACCAGCGACCAAGAUUUGCUCAACUACAGCGUGCUGAGAGCCAAUGCGUCUGGUAUACCACUGGUUACCAUGGGCACCUUUUACGAGGAGUUGAAUCACACAACCUCGGCAAAAAUCCACAACAUUGCUCUCGAUACAUUUGAUCUUUCUAGAAAUAUAGCAGAAACUGUGGUGAAUGACAACUAUUCUCGACCUUUAUGCAUCGCAGAGAUUACACCAUGGAAACAGAGUGGGCUUUGCGACCGUUUCUAUAAUGAACUCACUUCAUUAGCAACACAAAGAAACAUGACUGUAGAUCGAUUACCGUCCUUCAAUAUGAAUAUCUCCACCGACAGUUCAAUGGAUCUAGAAGUUGCUGCUAUUCUGGCUCGCUUAGCGGAAACAGGGUCCAGUCCUGAUACCUAUGUUACAAUGUCUGAAUAUACUUUUGAAACUAUAAAUUCUGUAAGUGGAUAG